GCUGUUCAUCGCUUGCAUGCCGGAAUUCGGUGUCCCAUGGCUUGAUUGACGGAUCGUCAUGGGGGACAAAGCCAGCGAUUGCGUGAAGGUGGCGAUCAGAUGUCGACCGCCCAGCACCAAGGAGAUCAACAAUGGCGAGGAGAGCAUCGUGGAGAUGACCGAGGCCUUUGGCGAGGAGGGGGAGGCGGGGCAGGUGGUGCUGAGCGACCCCAACGCCCACGACGAGCCCGGGAAGUUCGCCUUCGACAUUGUCUUUGGCCUCUCUGUGGCGCAGUCCCAGAUCUAUGAGUCAGUAGGUAGGCCCGCCCUGCAGAAGACCUUCGAGGGCUACAACGGCACCAUCUUCGCCUAUGGCCAGACAGGCAGCGGCAAGAGUUUCACGAUGACGGGCGCUGCUGGAGAUUUGCGGGGCAUCAUCCCACGAGUGAAUGAGGAGCUCUUCGCGCAGAUCGCCGAGAAGCAGUCCAGCUCGACGUGCAGAUUUCUGGUCAUGUGCUCGUUCUUCGAGAUCUACAACGAGAUCAUCUUCGACCUGCUGAACCCCGUGGCCGACCGCACCAAGCUCGGCGGAGGGCUGCAGAUCAAGGAGCAUCCGGUGAUGGGCAUCUACGUGAAGGACCUCACAGAGAUCGUGGCGGAGGACGUGGGGAAGGUCGAGACGUUGCUGGAGAACGGCAACAAGAGCCGGGCGGUGUCCUCGACUCUGAUGAACUCCGUCAGCUCCAGGUCUCACUCCAUUUUUACCAUCAAGAUUCACCAGAAGGACGAGGAAGAUACCUCCAGGAACGUCUUCGCGAAGCUGAACUUGGUGGACCUCGCGGGCUCCGAGCGGCAGAAGGGCACCGGGGCCUCGGGGCAGACGCUCAAGGAAGGCGCGAACAUCAACAAGUCCCUGAGUGCACUGGGCAACGUGAUCAACGCACUGGUGGAGACAGCGAACGGGAAGAAAGUCUUCAUCCCGUAUCGCAACUCCAAGUUGACCCGCGUGCUGCAAGAGUCCCUGGGCGGCAACUCCCUCUGCACCAUGCUGGCCACACUGUCGCCCGCAGCAUGCAACUACGAGGAGACGAUGUCCACGCUGCGGUACGCGAACCGGGCGAAGGCCAUCAAGGUGUCCGCCACCAAGAACGAGGAGGCGUCCCAGGUCUCCAGACUCAAGGCGGAGGUGGAGGAGCUCAAGAAGAAGCUGAUGGGCACCGGCGCCGGAGGGGCUGGCGGCUCCGCCGCGGAGCGGGAGGCAGAGCAGAAGUUCCAGAAGCAGCUCAAGGAGAUGGAGCACAUGCUCAGCAGCAACUGGGACGAGAAGGCCCGUCUCAGCGAGGAGCACGAGCGCCAGAUGCAGCGCUUCCGGGAAGAGCGAGAGAAGGCGGCCGCGGCGCUGGAGGAGGAGCGCUUGAAGCGCCUAAGGCUCUUAGAGGAGAAGAACGACCUGGAGCUGUCGCUCAAAGGACUGGUGGACCUCGCCGCCUCGGUGAGCUGCGCGCCCGCAGUGCUCGCGGAGAGCCGGCAGUGGCUCAAGAGCCACCGCGCGCUGAGGCAGGACAUGGAGGCGUUGGCGCAGCAGCGGAACCUGGUGCACGUCUUCAAGCACGGCUUCGAAGAGGACCUCAAGCUCUGGGGUGAGGGCGCAGAGUCCGAGGACCUCACCCUGCAGAUCACCGGCAUCGGCAGGUCUCUGCCGAAGCUGGAGAAGCUGCGGAAGGCCAUCGAGAAGCUGCUGCAGCUGGAGGGCCAAUGCGUGAGCGAGGCCUACGACCUCAAGCAGCAGCUGAAGAAGGCGGCCAACGACCUUGCGAGCUUUCGACCCAGCAAGUCACUGGAGGUGGAAGCUGAGAGCGAGGAGAGCGAGCGCCAGGCGGCGGAGGCUUCCAUGGAGCAGAUCGCCCGGAUCUUGUCGCUGAUCCAAAAGCAACUCCAGGCGAAGCUGGAGGAGUUAGGAAGCCUCACAUCUGUGGAGAUGGGGCAGACUUGCGAAGUUGUGCUGAAAUUCUCGGAGGGCUUGGAUGAAGGAGAGGCCAGCUCCGCUGCCGCGGCGCUGCAGGCGCUGCUGACCUCCCCGGCCCUCGCGGUGAUGCCCAUCGGCAUGCCCGCCAAGCCGCUGCGGGAGUACCUUCCGGAUGAGGUCCAGGACACGCCUGAGACAACAGAGGUGGUCUUGGCGCAGCUCAUCCGCUGGGAGAGCGUCAUGGGCAAGGCUAAGAAGUCCCCCGCCGAGCUGCUGGCCAGGCCGCCGCCCAAGUUUUUGCUGGACGUGGCGGUGGCGGUGAAGGCGGUCACGGGCUUCCCCGCGCAGCUGGAGGAGCAGUGGCCGGAGUCGCGGGAGGAGCGCCUGGCGCGGUUUCAGCAGAUCGCCGAGGCCAUCCGAGGCGAGCUGAGCAUGGAAGCCUUGGAUUUCGACGGGGUGGACGUGCUGAAAGGCAAAGAGGUGCCGAAGACGCUGCGGUUGCUGCAGCUGCUGGCGCUCUGCGGCGCCCGCAUGCAGCCUCCUGCGCCGCCGGAGGCGACGCAGGCACCCAAGGCGGACCAACUGCCCAGGCUACUGGAUGGCAUGGAUAAGUGCAUCCGCGCAGCCAAGGCGGUGGUGGAGAGCCGGCAGGGCGCCAAGGGUGGUGAGAGCCAAGAGGACCGGCUGUUUGCGCUGGAGGCGCAGCUCGCGGAGGAGUCCCGGGCGCGACUGGCGCAGGAGGAGCAGCUGCAAAGCGCUGAGCGCCAGCUCCAGGAAGUGAAGGCGGCGCUGCGGCGCAUCUCCACGGAGUGCCAGCAGAAGGAGUCCGAGGCGGAGGCGGAGGGUGACGAGGAGCUCAUGGAGCUGGAGCGCCAGGCCGCCGGGCUCACGGAUGUCUCCAACCUCUCGGAGGAGGGCAUCAUGGAGCUGCUGGGCAGCCAACUGGAGGCCAUGCAGGCGCAGCUGCAGCAGGGCCAAGAGGAGCUGAAGUCCUUGAAGCAGAAGCGGCAGGAGGUGAAGAAGGCGGUGCAGGCAUCUACGGCGAAGGCCCGGCGGGUAGAGGCACAGGUGCAGCGGGCGCGGCAGAAGCGGGAGGCGGACGAGGAGCUCAUCGGCCAAUCCCCGGAGGAGCAGCAGCAGAUCCUGGAGGCGCGCGGCACGGAGCUGCGCUCCAAGAUCGAGGACCUCGAGGCCCAGGCCGCGCAGAUGGCCUCCGAGGUGGAGCAGCACCGCAGCGGCAACCGCCGCCUAGAGCAGGAGAAGAACGAGCUCCAGGCCAAGGCGGAGGACGCCACGCUCCAAAUGCAGAUCCUCCAGGAGGAGCGGGACUCCCUGCGGGAGGCGAUGGAACAGUUGUGGACCGAGAAGGCGCAAGUGGAUGAGGACCUAGAGAUGCAGAUGGCGGGGUAUGUGAACCUCUCGGAGAGGCUGAACCUUCAGCAGGAUGAGAAUCAAGACCUGGAGAUGCAGGUGGAGCGGAAGAAGGAGGAGAUUGCGAACUUGCAGCGCAACGGCUUCCAUUGAGCCGCUCCGCUUGCGCGCCCUCGGCUGCUGCUCACGGCCAAGGCCAAUCCCGCUUGGAACACUGCGCACUGCCCACGGCCAAUUGGGAGUUGCUCA